AUGCGCAAGACGGUAAAGGGUUUCCUCCAACACAACAUCCUUGACCCCAGACUAAGCCAGACGAAUAUCUGUCUCAUUCCAAAGACCGAUCGUCCUAGUGAGAUGUCUGAAUUUCGUCUGAUUAGUCUAUGCAAUGUAAGCUACAAGAUCAUCUCAAAAGUCCUGAGUAAGCGCUUAAAACGUUGCCUCCCUAGUUUAAUAUCGGAGACUCAAUCAGCCUUUGUGGCUAGACGCCUCAUUACAGAUAAUAUUCUCGUCGCGCGUGAAAUCUUCGACGCCCUGAGAACAAAUCCCAGCUGUAAAGUUAAAUUUGGGGCAAUCAAAACCGAUAUAAGCAAAGCUUUCGAUAGAGUUGAAUGGUCUUUCCUGGAGGCUUUGCUCCUAAAACUCGGCUUCUCGGCAAAAUGGGUGUCGUGGAUAAAGAUCUGCAUCUCUUCCGUCUCAUACCAAAUACAAGGAGCGGAGCAAGAAGGUAGGAUUAUAGGACUAAAAAUCGCAAGAGGGAGCCCCCCGAUCUCACACCUCCUAUUCGCUGACGACAGUCUUUACUUAUGCAGAGCAGAGAUCCCGCAAUGUGCGGAGCUUAUGAAAAUAAUCAACACCUACGGCUGCUCCUCGGGACAGCGAUUAAACGUAGAUAAGUCUUCCAUCCUAUUCGGCAACAAAGUACCUACUGACACAAAAGCCGCUAUCAAGCAAACCCUAGGUAUCACCAAAGAAGGAGGCAUGGGAGUUUACCUCGGUCUUCCAGAAAAAAUCUGUGGCAGCAAAAAGCAGGCUUUUGCCUUCAUCCAGGAAAGACUGCAGAACCGUAUCAACUCCUGGUCCGCGAAACUCCUCUCUAAAGGUGGGAAAGAAGUUCUAAUUAAAUCCGUAGCCCAAGAACUCCCUACCUACGUCAUGUCAUGCUUCCUACUACCUCAAGAGAUCAUACGAAAACUCACCAGUGCUAUCUCCCGCUUCUGGUGGAGCACCAAAAAUGAAAACUGA